AUGAGAGACGGCAGAGAAGUGAGAAACAAUCAGGGAAGAAUUCUAUUAUGUGGUGCUCAUGAAGUUCUGAAGUUCGUUCAGUCCGGAAAAAUAAAGGUAAUUUUCUACGCGAAAAAUCUCGAUGAGAACAAUAACAGAGCUGCUUCAAACUUCCACUCUCUUCAAAAGCUCUGUCCAAUUGAGAAUGUUCCGAUGAUUCAGGUUCUGACAAGAAAAGAAAUGUCUCGAGUGGUGAACAAGUUUCCAUACGUUGGAGUUAUAGGAGUUUUCAAUUUUCAUGGGUUUGAUGACGAAGCAAAAGAAAUCAUCCAAGAAUGGAGGACAAGCAGCUCCUUCAAGCAAUUCCACACAGAUCAAUCGUCUCUCUUACCUUGA